AAAAAUCCUUUGCAUGAAGAAAACGAAGAUGCAGAAGUUGAAUGCACCGAUCUUUCAAUCUUCUCUCCUUUCUCUUUUCCUCAUUUUCUUACUUGCUUCUUCAAUUUUAGCACAAGAAGUUGAGGAUGAGAGGGAAUUUGACUACAUAAAAGGAAGUGAAAGGGGGCCAGAACAUUGGGGAGAACUUAAGCUAGAAUGGUCGACUUGUAAGACGGGCAAAUUGCAGUCUCCAAUUGAUUUGUGGCAUACAAGAGUCAAAAUUAUCUCUAAAUCUUCGGAGAUUAUCCGGAUGUACAAACCCACUCAUGCAAUUCUCAAAAAUAGAGGCCACGAUAUUGAGUUGGAGUGGAAAGAUGAAAGGAGCAAAAUCGAAAUAAAUGGAACAGAGUACAUCCUAAAACAAUCACAUUGGCACUCUCCAUCAGAGCAUACAAUCAAUGGGAAAAGGUAUGAUUUGGAAUUGCAUAUGGUUCAUCAAAGCCAUGAUGGAAAGAUUGCUGUCAUUGGACUUCUUUACAAGAUCGGCAAGCCUAAUCACUUCCUUGCUAAGUUGAACAAAAAAAUAGAAAAAAUAUCAGAGACAACAGAGGAGAUAGAUGCUGGCAUAAUAAAUCCAGUGAGGGUUAGAAUGAGCGGGAGGAAUUACUACAGAUAUAUGGGCUCUCUUACCACCCCUCCUUGCACUGAAGGUGUCCUUUGGUCUAUCAACACUAAGAUUGGAACAGUUUCAGAAGAGCAAGUAGCUUUGCUGAGGGAAGCUGUUCAUGAUCAUGCAGAGCAAAAUGCAAGACCUUUGCAACGUAUUAAUGGAAGGAAGACGCAUCUCUACGCCCACAUGAUUAAAAAUCGUCCCGAGUAAUAAAGCUGUACAUUAGAAUUGUCACAUUAUAACAAACCAACCAUUUUAUUCAAAUACCAAGUCUUUAUGAUUUCACUUAUUCUUUGAUUUGGACGAUGCAUUUAUUUAUUGGUUUGAGUAUAUGAUAUGAAUUUCACACUAAUUUUACUAUGUAAUUUGAUAAUAAUACAAUAUAUAGAUUAUUAGAUUUUAUUUA